AUGCUCACCGACCGGGGCACGUCUCCCAGACCGACCCAACACCGAGUGCGCGAUGGCGCGCUGAGCGGGGUGGGUGCCCGGCGCUCCCACCUGUGCAUCCGCGGAACCCACUCCGCUCACCCCGACUUGCAGACGAGCAUCUGCGCUCGGAGCGCGGACUCCCCUGCCCAAGGUCACCGCACGGGAGACGGAGCUGCCCCGGACCCCUCCAGGGCCAGGCCCCGGGAGCGCGCCGCUCGCCCUGCGGCCGGGCCCCCCGCCUCACGCGCGCCGCUCUCCCCGCAGGACAAGGAGAAGAAGAAGAAGGAGAGCAUCUUGGACCUGUCCAAGUACAUCGACAAGACCAUCCGCGUGAAGUUCCAGGGCGGCCGCGAAGCCAGUGGAAUCCUGAAGGGCUUCGACCCGCUUCUCAACCUCGUGCUUGACGGGACCAUCGAGUACAUGCGAGACCCCGACGACCAGUACAAGCUGACGGAGGACACGCGGCAGCUGGGGCUCGUGGUGUGCAGGGGCACGUCGGUGGUGCUCAUCUGCCCGCAGGACGGCAUGGAGGCCAUCCCCAACCCCUUCGUGCAGCAGCAGGACGCCUAGCCCCCCACGCCCCCGUCUUCUUAAUAAAGUCGCACAGCUCGGCUGCGG